CAAUAAGUAGUUCCAAAUCUGUGGUCAAGGAAUGUCAUGUAUCGAAUACGUCAUAAGUCAUCUGUCUGAAUCAUUUUCGUGGUGGAGGAUGAUCGCGGUGGUCUCUUUAGAUUUGUGCUAAUUCAUUCCAAAAAACUAGUGCAGUGAGUGAAAUAGUGUCAGUGCUUUUUUAACAAAGGGAAUCUGUGACCACAAUCAUGUUUAGCUGGCUGAAAAAAGAAGGUGAAAAAACCGAAAGUAUAGAAAAUGUCGUGGAAGGUUUGAAAAGGAUUUAUAAAACUAAACUUUUACCACUGGAGUUACACUAUCAGUUCCAUGACUUUCAUUCGCCACAACUCGAGGAACCAGAUUUCGAUGCAAAGCCUAUGAUAUUGCUCGUCGGCCAAUAUUCCACCGGUAAAACUACAUUUAUCAAAUACCUCCUCGAGCGAGACUUUCCGGGCAUUCGUAUCGGACCGGAGCCGACAACAGAUAGGUUUAUAGCGGUAAUGUACGAUGAAAAAGAGGGCGUAAUCCCUGGUAAUGCGCUUGUUGUCGACCCGAAGAAACAAUUCAGGCCUCUCAGUAAAUUUGGCAAUGCUUUUCUAAAUAGAUUCCAAUGUUCCACUGUCAGUUCUCCAGUGCUUAAAGGUAUAUCUAUUGUUGACACACCCGGCAUUCUGUCUGGCGAAAAGCAGCGUGUAGACAGAGGGUAUGACUUCACUGGAGUGUUGGAAUGGUUUGCAGAGCGAGUAGACCGUAUUAUUCUAUUGUUUGAUGCCCACAAGCUUGACAUAUCUGAUGAGUUUAGACGUAGUAUUGAAGCUUUGAGAGGCCAUGAUGACAAAAUACGUAUUGUCCUCAACAAGGCUGACAUGAUCGACCACCAGCAACUUAUGCGUGUGUAUGGAGCUCUCAUGUGGUCGCUAGGUAAAGUACUUCAAACACCUGAGGUUGCCCGGGUAUACAUUGGGUCAUUCUGGGACCAACCGCUCCGAUAUGAUGUUAACAGAAAGCUGUUCGAGGAUGAAGAACAAGAUCUCUUUCGAGAUAUGCAGUCUUUACCGAGGAAUGCAGCAUUGCGAAAAUUGAAUGAUCUUAUUAAAAGAGCACGCUUAGCUAAAGUGCAUGCAUAUAUUGUCAGCGAAUUGAGAAAAGAGAUGCCAUCAAUGUUUGGAAAAGAUGGCAAAAAGAAGGAUUUAAUAAAGAACCUUGGUCAGGUAUAUGAUCGUAUUCAAAGAGAACACAAAAUCUCUCCCGGUGACUUCCCAGAUAUCAAGAAGAUGCAGGAGACGUUAGCUAACCAUGAUUUCUCUAAAUUCCACCCUCUAAAGCCAAAACUUCUGGAGGUAGUUGAUCAUAUGUUGGCCACAGAAAUUGCACGUCUCAUGGAUAUGAUCCCUCAAGAAGAUGUAAAUGUUGUCUCAGAGCCACUUAUCAAAGAUUUGAUCCGUAAGAAAGCUUCCGCCCAUAGUCCGUUGAACAAUAGCAUCCUCAAUGCCCAGAAUACUGCACCAUAUGUCUUGGGUGGAGCUUUCGAAGGAGUCGAAGACCAAGUGUCUCCGUUUGGUUACGGCAGAGGGGAGGGCGUAGACGCGGGCCACGGCGACCCCGACUGGAUUUGCAGCAAAGAGAAACCCCGAUACGACCAAAUGUUCCAAUCUCUCAAUCCUAUCGACGGAAAAGUCACAGGAGCUGCGGCCAAGAAUGAGAUGGUGAAGUCGAAACUGCCGAACAACGUGCUCGGCAAAAUCUGGAAGCUGUCUGACAUCGACAAGGAUGGAUUCUUGGACGACGAGGAGUUCGCGCUCGCCAUGCACCUCAUCCGAGUCAAAACCGACGGCCACGACCUACCCUCAGAAUUGCCCCCCCAUCUCGUGCCUCCGUCUAAACGCAAUUGAUCACGCGUCAUUCCUACUAAAGCAUAAAACCUACAUCUACCGCGUAAGCUACACACAGCAGCUUCAGACUAUCAAAAAACUGACAGAAUUCUCAAGUAUUUCUUUAAAAGUGCUUCGAUGCAAAGUUCUAAAUCUUUUGAAGAAUUUUGAUAUUUUCUAUGCUAGCCUGAAGUCCUGUUUGUUGUGAGAGCGUUAUCGAAUAUGUGCUGUCUUUGUCUGCUAAACGUUGUUAGAUGAAGCAAACAGCGGUCGCUUUUCGAUUGUUUUUGCAAAUAAUAAUUUUGUUUACGUAUGAGAAAGGGCAGUGCGAGGCAUAUUUAUUUAAGUACGAGAGAUUUUUAAUCCGGGAAUGCUUUUUUUUUCAUUUUAAUUAUUUUAUCACGUAAAUGAUUUUUGAUUGUUUAUCUUAAGUACACUUUUUAAGUUCACGAAAAGUACACCUUUGAAAUUUUAUUUUUAUAUUAUAAAAUUGUAAUUCUAUUGCAAAAAAAAAAUUUAUUAUAUUUAUUUCUGUAAUAUAAACUGGUUUAGGAAAUGACAUAGAGAAGUGGGCUGAGAAUUAUCUGCAGCUUUAAAGUAAAUAAAAACAGAAUAGUGUGAAACAGACUUGAAGCCUACUAGAUAGUGAGUAGUAAUUAUACGGCCAAUACUUAAAACUGCUAAGGCCCAAGCACGAACUUUGACAGAUCAGUACCCCUAGCACGAACCAAUAUGGAAACUUGAACAGCAGCGCCAUAACGGACGUAAGGAGAACUAAAAAUCAGUACACAUUUGACAGUGACAUUUCGCACUCGCAAACUAUUCGAAUUCGACAUUGGUUCGUGCUAAGGGCACUGAUAACAUAAUAUUUAAUGUAAUCGUAUAGCUUUCGUCAAAUUUUGUAUCGAAAGAGUAUGUUUGUAGUUCCUUCAGUCCAUUUCCUAUGCCUAUGAUAAUAAUAUAUGUUUCACGAGUAUUUUGGCAUGUUCACUACAUUAGAUUAUAAUAAAUUAUUCUUUUUAAAUGAAUUAGAAAUUAAAAUUUUCAUUUGCUGAUAGAUAUUCAUCAAAGUAGGCACCAGGGUUGCCAAUUAUAUUCACACUUAAUGAUUGCUUGUUCCAGAUAAACAUUAAAUGUAACAUUUGUUUAAUAUUGGUAAUGUUUUUUCAUGCAAACACAAUGCCUACCUGCUAAUUAUUUAAAAAAUCAAAUUUGAUGAAUGUUUAGCGACCAUUUCAGUAAACAUACCCAAUAUUAUCGUUAAGCAAAGACUAACAUUUAUCCAGUUUUUUAUUUAUCUUACUGUCUACAAUAAUGAUCUAGACAGCCACUAUCGUUAUUUGGGUUUCGGUUUUGCUGUGAUUUCUUAACAAUGUCAUUGAUUUAGUUUGCUAUUUGUGUGGCAGAGGGCUAUGCAUACUGGUUACAAUAAAUUUUAUUUUAAACCUCAACAUUUUAAAUUUUUCACUUUCUGAUUAAAAUAUAAGAGAGCACUGCCUAUAAAGUAUGCUUUCUUUUCUAAAAAGUUUCAAGUAUAAGUCGUACUAAACAUAUACCUACUUAAAAAAAACUAAAUUCAAAAUUUCAUAAGUAAAC